GUCCGCUGAGGAGGCCGCGCGCGGGGGACACGUGAGUGUGCGUGUAGAGCACAGCAGCAUCCUGCCAGCUUCCCAAAGACGGACGCCAGAGUGGGAAGCGCACAGCUCGUAUGAUCUGAACUAAGCGGUCAGUGAUGACAUUACUCAGGUUUUGUCCAACUCUACCUAAAUCCUAACCACAUCACCAUGGCAACAGGAAGAAAAGGCUCUACGUCCAAAGCAGGUGGGGUGCGUUUCCCUGACGAUGACGAGCCCCCUGGCUCUCCAACACGGAGAGAUGACCAGUCAAACGUCGCUACGCUCAUUGCUGUCUCAGAGAAGGAUGGCAGCUACUUGGUGAAGGCUGGUUUCCUGAAGAGCCACCACUGUUAUGAGAUUGUCUUCACUGUCCCAGAUGUCCCCACACUGGGCAAAGAGCUCUCAUGUCUUCCCUCCUCUUCUCCAUCUCGGAGGUCGCCCAGCCUGCGGGUCCAGCGUAUUAACUCCACACUGGAGGGAGGUGUAAAGGUAACAUGUGAGUACAGAACUCACCAGGAGGGGGUGCAACAGGAGGAGAUCACCAUGGUAACCAGAGGGAGAAAAGACAGCAGUCUAAAGGUCAGACUCCAGGCCAGGGUCAUUGACCCACAUCACGGCACCCCCAUGCUGCUGGAGGGGGUGAGGUGUCUCGGUGCCAGGAAAGAUGCCCACACAAAGCACAGCAGUGAUCGUAAGAAGAUAUGAUGAAGUGAUUUACUCGUGUCUGUGUGUAACUCCUGAACACACUCAGUGACUGGGUCAGGGUGCAGUAGUGGGGAGAAACAUGGAUCCAUACAUUAAUAAGUAGAAUUCAUCUGAAGGACAAACAAACUGCCCUGAAAACGGACGAGGCUUUUCAUCACAGUCACAGUCAUGCUUCCACAGUUACAUUUGCUUUAAUGAGGCUGCCAUACCAGAGAGCCAUAAUACCUCUGCUGCUGAGGCCAGUCAAACCAGUGUUACAGCACACACACACACACACACACACACAGAGACACACAGACACACACACACACACACACACACACACAGAGACACACAGACACACACACACACACACACACACACACAGACACACACACACACACACAGACACACGUACACAAACACACACACACACAGACACAGAUACGCGCACACACACACACACACACACACACACAGACACACAGACACACACACAGACACACACACACACAGACACACACAGACACAGAUACGCGCACACACACACACACACACACAGACACACACACACACACACAGACACACGCACACACACGCACACACACAGACACACACACACACAGACACACGCACACACACACGCACACACACACACAAAGACGCACACACACACACAGACACAGACACACGCACACACACGCACACACACAGACACACACAGACACAGACACACGCACACACACACACACACACAGACACACACAGACACAGACACACACACACACACACACACACAGACACACACAGACACAGACACAGACACACGCACACACACACACACACAGACACACGUACACAAACACACACACACACACACAGACACACAGGGUGGCUGUGGCUCAGGUGGUAGAGCAGAUCAGCUACUGAUCGGAAGGUCUGUGGUUCGAUUCUUGGCUUCCCCGAUCUGCAUGUCAAGUAUCCUUGGGCAAGAUAUUAACCCCAAAUUGCCCUCCGAUGCGUUCAUCGGAGUACGAAUGUGUGUGAAUGCAGGUUAGUUUGCACUGUGUUUAGAAGUGCUUGUACGAGUGGGUGUGAUUGGGUGAAUGAGGCAUGUUGUAUAGAGCGCUUUGAGUACUCCGGGAGAGUAGAAAAGCGCUAUAUAAGAAUCAGUCCAUUUACCAUUUACACACACACACACAGACACAGACACACAGACACACGCACACACACACAGACACACACACACACACACACGCGCACACACACAGUGUGUAACACACGCUGUCAUCUCACAGCAGCAGGAAAUCUGUCUCAUGUUGUUCCCAAAGCUCUGUUCCCUUAAAGCCUUCUUUAGGAUGCAGCACAGGGAAAUGUAAUGUGACUGGCGUGAGUCUCACACUUGUGUAAUAGUAAUGACCACAGUAACCAUGUUGUAGAGCCUUGCAUGAGGUGUUAUGAGCUGUCACAAAAACACAAAGCCAGCUGGCCUGGUGUCACCUUCCCUGUAUCUUCUUUGAAGUUGAGCACCUGGAGGUAGAAAACCUGAAAUUAGAGUGAAAUUCCAAAAUAGACUCACAGGGUUUAUGAAUGAUAAGACAGACAUUUUACCUUUACUGGUGACGGUGAGGUUGGACUCACCUGUUCCACACCGUUUACACUUUUACACCACAUGUAGUUGCACAGCAGCUUAAUUAACCGACUCACCUGUAUACUCUUCUUGUAUCAUGACAGACUCUGAAGUUAUCCAUGUAACCAUACAGCUGUGUGUACUGUAGACCUUUUAAAUCCCCAACAUUACUGGCACCAAGCCUGAUUCUGACAUGGAGAAUACACAUGUGUAAUAGAAGUAGAGGCUCACUGCCUUUUCCUUUGUGCUGACCUGUUUUUCUAAUUGCUAUAAACAUGUGUCUUAUGUAACCUUUUCCUGUGGCACUGUUUUGUUUUGAUAUGUUAAAAAGUUCACGUGUGUGAAGCGAUCCUGACCCCCAGUUUCAGUGUUUUUCUUUGUGCUUUUUGUGGUUCCGAUGUCGGGUCAGUCAGCUUUCCUGCUGCGUUCCUGAAAAAGGGGAGACUGUGAUUGCUGAGUGCCAGCAGCUGCACUGCAGCAGAGCCACAGACCACGCCCCUGCCACGCUGUGAAAUGUACUUUUUUCCCCAGUGGGCAGCGUGGGCACCCAAAUUCCUGAACGCAGUAACUUGACAACAAGGCAGCAUAGAAUUGUUAGAAUGACUCCGCAGGUGCAUCUACUAAACAUACUGAACAAGUUUGAAUCUCAAAUCUCAAGUUUGACGUUUUCUUCUCUGAACUCAAACGAUCACAGAAAGAAAUGAACAGUCUCUUCAUUUUCAUGGUAGUUUUAUUUUAAUGAAGAGUAUCAACCAAAAAUCCUUACAUAAAUGUUAUAAAUUGAUUUGCAUGUCAUUGAGUGAAAUAGUUUGAUCCUUUGUAACCAAGCCACUAAAUGAAUGUUGUGCAUACCGGCGGUUAAAUGGGUGAAUGAUGCUUGUAGUACUCAGCACGUGCUGUAUAAAAAAGGCCAUUUACCAUUUCAUGGAUUUAAGGGUCUCUGCUGAAGAAGCCACGUUUUUUAAAUUUUCCAGGUUUUUAGUUCAGAUGAAACCAAAGUCAAACUUUUUGGUAUCAACUAAACCCGCCAUGUUUGAAGGAAAAUACUGAUCUCAACCCCAAAGAACAUCAACCCCACAAACACGGAGGUGGAAACUUUAUUCUUUGGGCUGUUUUUCUGCUAAAGCUGCAGAACAACUUCACCAGGACAUUAAACCAUCACAUCUUGGACAGGAGCCUCCUUCCAUCAGCCAGAACACAGUUUGUGUUUGUGGGUGGAUACAGUGACACAAAACAUACCACCAAGGCCACAAUCAAGUGGUUACAGAAGAAGCGCAUUAAUGUCUUCAGGCCUCAGUUUUCAUACAGAACAUUUGUGGAGUGAACUGGAGCUUCUAGUUUCCAGGUGGCAGCCAAGAAACCUGAAAGAUUAAGAGAGUUUCUUUAAAGAGGAGAGUGAUCUGUGCAAACCUGGGGACCAGCUACAGGUGUCUAACUGCUGCUGUGUCAACAAGGUUUCUCCAGAUAUGCACUAAGACAUAUUUUGCUCAAAUACUUAUUUCACGCAGUGACAAGCACAUCUAUUUAUAACUUUGAUGUGAUCUGUUUGUUUUGUUUAUGGAAUUUGGGUGAUAUCUGUCUCUCCAUUUAAUCAUACUGUAAACUGAAAUGCUGUGCUAAAUGCUGGAGCAAUGAUUUAUUAAUUUAGGCUAACACUUUCUAUUCCAGCUCAGUAAUGAUAUGCUAAUAAUUGUGUAAUAAGGUAGAAACAAGCUAAUCAUAUGGAAAUGUGAGUUAUUACCACUCACAGAGUAACAUUUAAAUAACAGCCAAGUAAUAAGCCCGUAUGAACAGUGAAUGUAGCUGCGUAACAUUACACUGAAAUUCUUAUAACUGAGUUCUAACAGACCAGAUACUGAGUGUAAUAAUGUGGAAAUACAUGUGGCUGUGACACCAAGUGAUGAUAAUAUUAUAGCAAUAUAUUGGUUAUAUAUUAUAAUUAAGUUCAAUUCAAUUCAGUUUUAUUUUUAUAGCACCAAAUCACAACAACAGUGAUGUCAAGGAGCUAAUAUUGUAAGGUAGACUCUACAAGUGAGAGAGGGCAACGUUCAAUGCAUCAUGGGAAUCACCCAGCAGCCUACACCUAUUGCAGCAUAACUAAGGGAGGAUUCAGGGUCACCUGGUCCAGCCCUAACUAUAUGCUUUAGCAAAAAGGAAAGUUUGAAGCCUAAUCUUAAAAGUAGAGAUAGUGUCUGUCUCCUGAAUCCAAACUGGAAGCUGGUUCCACAGAAGAGGGGCCUGAAAACUGAAGGCUCUGCCUCCCAUUCUACUUUUAAAUACUCUAGGAACAACAAGUAAGCCUGCAGUGUGAGAGCCAAGUGCUCUAAUAGGGUGAUAUGGUACUACAAGGUCAUUAAGAUAAGAUGGGGCCUGAUUAUUUAAGACCUUGUAUGUGAGGAGCAGAAUUUUGAAUUCUGGAUUUAACAGGAAGCCAAUGAAGGGAAGCCAAAACAGGAGAAAUCUGCUCUCUCUUUCUAGUCCCUGUCAGGACUCUUGCUGCAGCAUUUUGGAUUAACUGAAGGCUUUUCAGGGAGUUUUUAGGACUUCCUGAUAAUAAUGAAUUACAGUAGUCCAGCCUGGAAGUAAUAAAUGCAUGAACUAGUUUUUCAGCAUCACUCUGAGACAGGAUAUUUCUAACUUUAGAGAUGUUGCACAAAUGGAAGAAAGCAGUCUUACAUAUUUGUAACCUGUUAGCAAAAAAAAAGGAAAUAUCUGUGCUGUGGACUUUUUUGUUUAUUGACUUGUGGUGGUAACCUCAUCAGAGUUCAAGAAGUGUGAUGAUUACUUGGAAAUAUGUGUGGUAAAGUAUGUGUAAUAACUUUGAAUCAGGUCUGCAAAAUACAAAAUUACUAUUACUACAUUUCAUAGUAAUAUUGGAUAGUAUUGGAAGCAGACGAUGAGUAGGAAUAGAAAGUUCUGCUGAUGUGAAUAUACUGAUAAUGGUAGAUCAUGAGCUCCAGACAUUUUAGCACAUACAGCUGAGAAACAGACUGAACAGGUCGGUCUUCUUAACGUCGUAAAUAUGAUGAUACUCGUGGCACACAUACAUGUGUGAUCUGUAUAAACAUGUUGGUUUUGAAUGUGUGGCCUCUGGUGUGCACACUAUGGUGCUCUGUGGUGUCACUAACAUGAUGUCUUUCUUUGCAUUGGUGACCUGAUCAUGUGUCUGUUUAUGUGAAUAAAGCACUGCUCACAUGCCAUUAAAAUGACAUUUCAAUGA